AUGGUUAAACUAAGACUGGUUUUUUUGGCCAUUGCAGGACCUAAAAAUGAGCAAUUGUAUCUGGAAGUUUUUGACUCUCUAGAAAAGUCAUUAUUAUCAAAGUACCAAUAUUUGAGCGAGCUAAGUCUGGACGUUAUUCAAGAUUUGGUUCAAAAUCCAGAAAGGACUUCCAAUGAUUGUUUCUUGGGAUUAUUGGGAGUAGAAGAGGAUAUAAGUACAUAUGCUUUUUGCAGCAACACUAAUGUGAAGUUCAUUUUGGCAGUUCGUUCAUCUGAUUUCGUAGUGCGCGAAUCAGAAAUCCGACAGCUUCUUCGGAGAAUUUAUACUAUUCAUACUCAUGCUGUAUGCAAUCCAUUUUCCCUGGAACUGACUCCCGACACUCUUAAGCAAUCCCUUUAUUUUAAUGAGACGUUACAGCAGUUGAGUUUAGACUGGAACAAUCAAUAA